AUGAUGAAAUUUAUUAUUUGCUUCUGUUUCGUUGCUUUAGUUACAGUUAAUGCUGUUCCAUUUGAAUUAAGUGAUGCAGCACUUGAAUAUUUAGCUAAUGUAAAAUUAGCUGAUUUGCCUGAAUCAAUUCGAUCAUCAUUAACUACUUUGAAAGGUCGUAAUGGUGAUAACUCACAUUGGUGUUGUAUUAAUGAACAACCUAUUACAACCGUAACUGCAACAAAAAUUGAAUAUGGUACAAAAAUUGUGCAUACAAAAACAAAAGUUGGUUAUGUUAGUUGUGGUUUUAUGGGCUCAAUGAGAUGCAGUCACUUCGUUGCAGCUACUCGAGCGGAAAUAUAUAGCUAUAUACAAACAUUUCAAAUUCCUAAUAUGAAUGCAUGCGCUAGUCAUGAAGUUAAAUGUUGUUCUGGUUAUUUACUUGUUGCUGAAAAUUGUCAUUCAUUCACCGAAUUAGUCGCACAACAAGAAUUAAUUCAAUUUUUAUCCCAACUUGGUUUACUUGGUAUCGGAAAAUAA